AUUACAGUGUAAUGGCUACCGAAGUUCAAGAAAAAGUUGAUCUGGGCGAGGACAACGCGUUGGGCUGUGAACAUUAUAAAAGAAAAUGUUUUCUUAUUUCACCAUGUUGUAAUAAAGAAUACACCUGUCGAAUUUGUCACGAUGAUAACGAAGUUCACCAGCUCAAUCGAAGGGACGUCCGACUGGUCAAAUGUAUGAAAUGUAACGAGAAACAAAAGGUCCAAGGCUGCUGUUAUAAUUGUGGUAUAAAGUUUGGAAAUUAUUUUUGUAAUAUUUGUAAUCUGUACGAUGAUGACACGAGCAAGAAACAGUUUCACUGUACACCAUGUGGGCUAUGCAGAAUUGGAGGAAGAGAUAACUUUUUUCAUUGUAUUAAAUGUGAUGUUUGUUUAGCUCUUGAAUUAGAAGGAAACCAUAAGUGUAUAGAAAAGGUGUCACAUGAUGUUUGUCCAAUAUGUCGUGACGAUCUGCACACUUCUAGACGUAGAUUACAUGUUCCUAAAUGUGGACAUUUAAUACAUUUUGAGUGUUACGCAAGUAUGUUAAAAUCAAAUGUAUAUGCCUGUCCGACAUGUAGUGUAUCUCUAGUUGAUAUGAGUGAUGUUUGGGAAUCUUUAGAUGGAGAACUGGCUAAUACACAAAUGCCUGAUGAAUAUAAAGAUGUUAUAUUAGACAUACUGUGUAGAGAUUGUCAUAAGACUAGUAAAGCAAACUUUCAUGUUGUGGGUUUAAAAUGUGGUGAAUGUGGAUCGUAUAAUACGUGUAGAAAUUAGAUUACUGAUGUUAGUGAAUAGCCAAGAUGUUGUGUUAUAUUGGUGUCUAUUUAUAACAUGGUCUAUAAUAGAAGAUCAAAAACUAUAUAUACUCUUCAAAAAAAGUAGGGGAUAUUGAAAUGCAAAUACCUAUGCAGGUUGUGAUAUGAUAAAUAGUCAUGGACACUUGUCAUGCUUUGAGAGUAUGUUCACAGAUGAAGAACUUAUCGCCCCAACAGAACCACUGAGCUGUAUGUGCGACACGCAAUAGCGCCAUACACGUGGGAGGGGUUCAUUGUCAAAUGUGACACCUCAAGGAAGGGUUGAUGAAAACUGCCACUUGCUGGUUUAUCCUAUCCAUGUUUGCUUUUCUAUCGGUUCUUGCAUAAGAUUUAUUGUUUAGCGUAUCUUUGCUAUAGUGUGUUGGGGGGUUGGAUGGCUGAAUGGUUAGCGUGCGCGCGCUGUAUCAUAAAGUCUGUACGUGGCAAGGAGUAGGGUCGUCUGUCCAACCUCGUGGGUUUUCUCCGGGUCCUCCGGUUUCCUCCCACUGCUAAAGACCCCUACGCGCAAGCAAAUUAUUGAAAUAAAAUUAAACCAUGUUAGUCCCGAAAUGACCUAGUUUGUGUCGAAUGGACAUUAAACCCCUUCUCUCUCUCUCGCUAUAGUGUGUUACGUUUAGUUUAAUUUGAUUGGGAGACGAGUUCAUCGACGUCAACGUAAACCGACAAGAAUUGGCCGUGGCACUGCAAGAGGAGUGGGUCAGAUUGCCCCAAAUCGUGAUUGGAUGGUUGAUUAGGAGCAUGCCACGACGAAUUGCUGAAUGUCUAAGGAUUGGUGGAGCAAUUGCUCAUUAUUAGGACAAAAAUCAAAAACGUGCAUUUUCACAAUUUGACAGUGUAUCUCUUUGCAAGUGAAAUGGGGCCGUCAGAUAAGCCGCCCAUAUGAACUGUUUAUGUUCAUGUGUAAGCAAUUGGCCUGUUAUUAACAUACACUGGUUACCUCUAAUAAAAACAGCAGUGCAUUUCCGUAGUUUUGUAUUGUUCCUGAAUAUCCCCUACUUUUUUUUUUUUGAAGAGUAUAUAUAUAUAUAUAUAUAUAUAUAUAUAUAUAUAUAACACAUGGUCUAUGAUAAGACCAACUAGAACCACCAUAGUAAGAUUAUCCACCAGCAACCGAAUUAGUUCACCGUAACCAUUAGAAACCAGAAUUUCUCCACUGUAACCAUGAGAAACCAGAAUUUCUCCACUGUAACCAUUAGAAAACAUAAUUUGUCCAAUGUAACCAUUAGAAACCAUGAUUGUUCCAGUGUAACCAUGAGAAACCAUGAUUGCUCCAGUGUAACCAUCAGAACCAUGAUUGCUUCAGUGUAACCAUCAGAAACCAUGAUUGCUCCAGUGUAACAAUGAAUGCUUUAUUGUAAGCAUGGGAAACCCUGAUUGCUCCUGUGUAACCAUUAAAAACCAUGAAUGCUUUAUUGUAACCAUGGGAAACCAUGAUUGCUUCAGUGUAACUAUCAGAAACUAUGAUUGCUCUGAUGUAACCAUUAGAAACCAUGAUUGCUUUAUUGUAACCAUGGGAAACCAUGAUUGCUCAAGUGUAACCAUUAGAAACCAUGAAUGCUUUAUUGUAACCAUGGAAAACCAUGAUUGCUCCAAGACUCUUCGAAAAUAGCCCAAGACUCAAGUUCGGUCAGCAUGAAACUUGGCAUGCUUGUUCCUUCGGUUAUUGAUACUGACCAAAUUCCAAGAUGGCUGCAAAGUCGUCAUACUUGAUUCCUUGUACAUAUCCCAUGGGCUUGGAAGAAUUUUCUGAACUCAUUACUUUAUUUUACCAACCGUCUUGUUAUAGUAUUAAUAUCAAAAUAAACAUGUAUAAUAAAUUAAAAAUUAUUCAGUAAA